UCAAGAUGGCGGCCAGCGCCGAUUUACGAGUAGUUCCGCCUCCGAGGUUAGAACACUAUGUAAUGACCGAAAAACUAGGCCAAGGAACUUAUGCAACUGUAUACAAGGCGUUUAAAAAGGGUGACACCAGGGAUGUGGUUGCAAUCAAAUGUAUCCAAAAAAGUUCUCUGAGUAAGACAGCAACAGAGAAUUUACUUACUGAGAUUGAAUUACUCAAGAAAUUGGAUCAUGAGCAUAUUGUCAAGUUGAAAGACUUUGAAUGGAAUGACCAAUAUAUUUUCCUAAUAAUGGAGUAUUGCAGUGGAGGAGACCUAUCAAGGUUUAUUCACAGUAGAAGAGUUCUGCCUGAAGAUAUUGCAAGAAGAUUUUUACGACAGUUGGCUCUUGCUCUUCAUUUUUUGCAUGCAAACAACAUUGCUCAUAUGGAUCUUAAACCACAGAAUUUGCUGCUGUCAGCCAGACAAAAUCCUGUCCUGAAACUGGCAGAUUUUGGAUUUGCACAGUAUUUACAUAGUGAAGAGGAGACACAAACAAUAAGAGGGUCCCCUCUAUACAUGGCACCAGAGAUGAUCUGUUCUAUGAAAUAUGACGCCAGAGUAGACUUAUGGUCUGUAGGUGUAAUUCUCUAUGAGGCACUUUUUGGUAUAGCACCUUUUGCCUCAGGAUCUUUUGCUGAACUUGAGAAGAAGAUACGAUCUUCAGACCCAAUUACACUACCUGUUGGAUCCAAGGUGUCCCCAGACUGUCAAGAUCUUCUUUUGGCACUUCUUCAGAGGGAUCCUUUGGCCAGAAUAUCCUUUGAAGAGUUCUUUGCUCACCCUUUUCUUGAUCUGGAACAUGUCCCAUCGCCACUAUGUUUAGAGAAAGCAAUAAAACUUGUGACAGAGGCCAUAAAGAUGGAUGACGCCAGUGAGCUGAAGGAAGCUGCCAAACUGUACUGUGAAGCCAUGGCUUUCUUUUUACCAGCCAUUGAGUAUGAGAAAGAUCCACAGAUGAAAACAAGAUUAAGAGAGAGGGUAAAUCAGUACAUGAGCCGAGCAGAAGAACUAAAGCAGUGUUUUAAGAUAAAAUCUCACAGUAAUCCCGAUGAACUUUUAGCUCGCUAUAGCAAGGAUCAUGCAGAGCUGAAAGCAGCACUUCAUCUCGCAAACAUUGCUGAGAUCAGAGAUGAGCACGGGGCUUAUGACAGUGCACUGUCCCAGUACCAGGUCGCCCUGGAGGCCUUGUUACCAAUAUUAUCAGGAACUCCUCGUGGCCCUUACAAGGACGCUGUACAUUUAGAGGUGAGCAAGUACAUGAGACGAGCCGAGGAAAUCAAGCUUUACCUCAAGCUGAGCAAAGAAAACAUGAAAGUUGUCCCAGAGGCAGGAGGAGAAGACCAAUCACGGUGUGUAAUACAGUGAGAUACAUCCAAAACGAAUUUUCCCGUGGCAACCGGGUAAGUGGUCCACUUCAGCACCAUUUACGACGUCACGUUGUCAACAUCCAGUGAUGGGAAGGAAGAGGGUCAGCGGAAAUGGUUUUGUGUAAAGAAAUUUAAAACCAAGUGCUUUGGAUACAAGUCACGGAAAUGGUUAAAACAAUACGUUUGAAGAAGAUUAUGUGCCAGUUCUAAAGAAGGGCACGAACUGCAAACAUGUCCAGUUCGAUUUAUAUAUUAACAUUCAAUAAAAUGGUCCUGUAGUUGAUGAAUAAGGACUGACAAAUGUGUCAGGUUAUAGGAACACUGUAUCUCGUGUAUUUUACGAAGGUGUGGACAGUUCUCCUGUUACAGCAUGAUGUGGCAGUGUGUACUGAACUAUUGUACAAGUUUUUGUCUAAUGUUAUAUUUUGUAACGUUGUGUCAGCUAGAAUCAUUCUUUGUAAGACCCUAAAGAAGAAAUGCACUGCGUUUCCAUACUGUUUAAUUAACCUUGGUUUUCUUUUUUUUUUGCCUCUUGGCUUGGGUUUGGUUAUUGAUUUUUGGUCGUUUAUCAAGCGUUCUGAUUGGUUGUAUAUCCGUUUCAGUUGUGGCAUUUUGAUGGCUUUAUUUUGUAAGUAGGUUUUUGUUUACAUUGGCUGAUGUAAACACUCGAGAAGCUUUGGAGAAUUCGAAAGUGUACAAACUUGAAUUUCCCACACUUUCGCGAAUGUUUGCAUUUAAGCUAUGUAAACACUCUCGUUAUUUUCCAUCAACUUUCAUUCGUUAAAUUUGUUUGUCAUACACUAAAUAUGGCUGGCUCAGUUUUAGUUAAGCAAGAGAGUAAAAUACAGUAAAAACUCACCCACAAGAACCAGUGUUUUCAAGCUAGCCUAAACAGGUUCUUAUAUAUCUGGUUGCUACUAAGAAUUUUCGAAGUAAGAGUUACAUUCUAAGGAAAUAAAGUACACAUCCUGUUCAGGCUCUUUACGCUCAAUGUGCUGCAGUAAAACUAAGAAACUAAAAGAUAAGGGACCUGUUUCAAUUUUCAGGCUCAUAAGGUUCUUAUAUAAUGGAGUUUUAAUUGUAAAAAUUUCAGCCCACAUAUUGUUAAUCGCUACAUAUUGAUUGAUGGGUUCCUACUGUAUUUGCUCAGUUUAUCUUGCCGAUCAAAAUAAAAAAAACUUCGGAAAUGAAAA